AUGUAUGAGGCAUUUUUGCCACAAAUCCGUGAAAAUCUGGAACCCUUGGAAAUAAUGGCAGCCCUUGUGGGAGCCGUCGCUCACGAUUUGGAUCAUCCUGGUGUCAAUCAACCGUUCUUGAUUGCCACUUCGAAUCAUUUGGCAGCUUUAUACGAGAAUACAUCAGUGUUAGAAAAUCACCAUUGGAGAUCAGCAAUAGGAUGUUUAUUAGAGAGUGGUGUGGCGGAGCAAGUGCAGCAAUACAGGCCCGAAUUGGAGCAGCAAAUCAGCUCACUAAUUUUGGCCACCGACAUCACAAGGCAGCAGGAAUUUAUACAAAGAUUUAAGAAUUAUUUAGACACAGGCAGCUUAGAUAUGCGAAAUGCCCCCGACAGGCAUUUCAUAUUGCAGAUUUCCCUGAAAUGUGCAGAUAUAUCCAACCCUUGCAGACCCUGGGACGUCAGCAAAAAGUGGUCGCAGAAAGUCUGCGAAGAAUUCUUCAGACAGGGAGAUUACGAAAGACAACUAGGUCUACCAGUAACAACUCUCUGCGAUCGGCACACGACUUCCAUGAGCAAAAUUCAAGUAGGAUUCUUUAAAUUCGUGGUGACACCUUUGUUUGACGAAUGGCAUCGAUUCCUGGACACUCCUUUGUCCAGACAAAUGAUGCGAAAUUUGAGAGUCAACCAGCGCAAAUGGGAAGCACUAAUUGUUCAAGAGACUGCUGAAGAGACCAGGACUGAAAUAUCAGAAGCUGAGGUGAUAGAUGUCGAUACCGAAUUAGAAAUCGACACUUCCCCUCAGCCUCCAACAAAGGCAACGACUCAGCACAGAUUAUCCCUUCGUUCGAUGACAGACAAUCAGCAAAUUCGACUAGAACAAGAAAGGAGAUCAUCACAUCCCCAACAAUUGUUACAAGUACAUACACAAACACAGGAGCAAGAAGACUAUGAAGAAGAUGCUGAAGUCGAUGAUAGGGGUAGCGAGGAAAAUUUGCUUCCUGAAUUGCCAACGUUGAAGUUGUCUCCUACAAUUCGAGUCCAAGCUGAUGGUCGUAGAUAUUCGGUGCCAAUUAGUAUAGUGACUCAACCACCAGCUUCGACUUCAUCACUCAGUGCAGGUGGUAAACGAAGGGAAAGCUUGCCGGCAGAACAUAUUGUGCCAAGAUCUGUUGCUGAUUGGGACAGCUCGUUAUCACUAUUAACAUCAACGUCUAGUGCAGAGUCUCACGUAGGAGGUCUCAGCGCAUCAGGUCCAUCUGAGCGUCCUCUAUCAGCAGAAAACUUGCUACCAGAACCUUCAAUCGCCUCGAUGACUUCUGUGAAUGCUGACCGAUUGAGCAGUGUGUUGCAACAUGGCCCUCUGGACAGAUCUGGUGCAUCUGGUGGUGGUUCCAGGCAUUUAAUAAGACAGCAAACGUUUCCACCUUUGCAACCUGGUGCAGCAAGCACCAGAGCGAGGUAUAUGAGUACUGCUGCUGAUUUGAGUGGAGGACGGGAACGAUAUGUACUGCCCGAAGCAUCCAGCAGGUCGUCAACGUCUUCAGAAUCCCUAAAGGCUCCAGGCCUUGUUCCAUUAUCUACAGCACCUCAUCAGUCGUCUGGUAUUUCUACUUCCCAAAGAAGUUCCACAGGAAGUUGCCGGCAGAAAGAAAAUGUUGACCCUAUGCUUUUAGUCGGAGCAGGAAGCAGAUACAGGUCUCUCAACAGGCGGAGGGGUUCUGCACCUGCUCCAACACUGCCAUCAGCUGAUGAGAGUUUAAAUUUGACGACUGUGCAGAAACAUGGAGAAAUUUUGAGAUCUGUUCAUAGGAGGGGAUCGGUUCCGGCUGCGAUUAUUAAAUUAAGGAGUUUCGAAGUUGAUCCUAAUUUAUAUGUGGAUCCUGAAUGGAGCACGCCUCCAAAUCGAAGCGCUCCCACAUCUGGGGCGAGCAGCGAUUGCGGAGCAGUUUCUCUCAGCAUCAGCUCGAACUAUAAACGAAGGGGUUCCGUACCGUGCGAAACUCCUGCUAAGGUCCGCGCCGACGACUUAUCAACCCCCGACUCCGGCGUCCGGGCGCCGCCGCUGCGCCCAAACGGCGCCAACAACCAGCAACCACCAACGUCCGCCAGUUCGAGUCACAAUCACCAUCGACAGAAGUCGACCAGCCAAAGGACCUCCAACACAAGUCCGGAGCAGGAGAACGUCGCCCAGACCGCAGGCGGGUUCCUGGCUGCGCCUCCUGCCGCCGGAGCCGGUAGGAGGAAAGGCAGCGUUAACACGAUUUUGGGCGAUAGUAGUAAUGGCAGUGGCGGCAGCUCGCAGCAGCAGCAGCAGAGGAGGAGGGGCAGUCUGCCUGCUGAUGUUGUCACAUUAGGAUACACGGGUAGCUUCAGGCGUUGAUCGUCUACGAACAAAAACCAAAACGAAAGUACCUCCUAAAGCUGGUUCUUUCAAGUAGUAAUAUAAAACAAAUAUAAGAUUUUUUU